AUGUCUGCUUGUUUGUGUCUUGUGUUACUGUUGUUCACUAGCUUUGCAGGAGCAACGUAUCCUCCAGGAGGUUUCCACCAUUUUUCUUCUCUGAGACAAAACAAGAAGCCCUCCAAGUCAAAAUCAGAGUCACCUUUUGAGACUCGUUACUUCCCUCAGAAUCUUGACCACUUCAGUUUCAGACCAGAGAGCUACAAAGUCUUCCACCAGAAGUACCUCAUCAACAGCCGUUUCUGGCGCAAAGGUGGCCCCAUCUUCGUCUACACCGGAAAUGAAGGAGACAUCGACUGGUUUGCUUCCAACACCGGUUUCAUGUCCGAUAUUGCUCCCAAGUUCCAGGCUCUUCUUGUCUUCAUUGAACACCGUUUCUAUGGAGAAUCAACGCCAUUUGGGAAGAAGCCGCAUAAGUCGGCCGAGACAUUGGGUUACCUAAACUCUCAGCAAGCGUUGGCUGAUUAUGCAAUCCUUAUAAGAAGCUUGAAGCAGAAUCUAUCAUCCGAGGCAUCGCCUGUGGUUGUCUUUGGUGGCUCUUAUGGUGGAAUGCUUGCAGCGUGGUUCAGGCUCAAGUAUCCUCACGUAGCAAUCGGUGCGUUGGCAUCCUCUGCUCCAAUUCUCCAUUUCGAUAACAUCGUGCCCUUGACGGGCUUCUACGAUACCAUAUCUCAGGAUUUCAAGGACGCAAGUGUGAACUGUUUCAAUGUCAUCAAGAGAAGCUGGGAAGAGCUAGAUGCUGUUUCCAACACGAAACAUGGCUUGCCAGAACUCAGCAAAAAGUUCAGAACUUGCAAAGCCCUUCACUCUCAAUAUUCAGCCAGAGACUGGUUAAUGUCAGCGUUUGUAUAUACAGCCAUGGUUAAUUACGCAACUGCAGCUAAUUUCAUGGCGCCACUUCCUGGUUAUCCCGUGGAGCAGAUGUGCAAGAUCAUCGACGGGUUCCCUCGAGGAUCCAGUAAUCUCGACCGUGCCUUUGCUGCCGCAAGCUUAUACUACAACUAUUCGGGUUUAGAGAAAUGCUUUGAGCUUGAACAUCCAACUGAUGAUCAUGGACUCGACGGUUGGGGAUGGCAGGCGUGCACGGAGAUGGUAAUGCCAAUGAGCUGCUCGAACCAGAGCAUGUUCCCACCGUUCGAGAAUGACUAUGAGGCAUUCAAAGAACAAUGCUUUGGUAGCUAUGGAGUCAAGCCUCGACCUCAUUGGAUCACCACAGAGUUUGGCGGGAAGAGGAUAGAGACAGUGUUGAAGAGAUUCGGAAGCAACAUCAUAUUCUCCAAUGGAAUGCAGGAUCCAUGGAGCCGUGGAGGGGUUCUCAAGAACAUUUCGAGUAGCAUUAUCGCGCUUGUGACCAAGAAAGGAGCUCACCAUUCGGAUCUCAGAGCUGCUACAAAAGGCGACCCGGAGUGGCUUAAAGAGCAGAGGAGGCAAGAGGUCGCCAUUAUAGAGAAAUGGAUCAGCGACUAUCACAGAGAUUUAAAAGAAGAAUGA